CUCAGUCACACACUCACAUUCGACCGGAUAGCUCUGCUGUCGCUCUGAGGCUUCAGAUGCAGCUGCUGUCUAAAGGCAUGCGCAUCGACGCUGGAUAAACGCAGCAGUAUUCAGAAGUUUGGGGUGCUGUGUGUGCAGCGUGGGUGCACACAGCUAUUCGCGCCAACCAAUCAAGGCAACAGCAACAGCCCACCGGUUAUCACAUUUACCCGGGGAGAAGAGUGAAUGAGAUAGGAGAGUGCCUCUGCGUAUGGAUUAAAUGACAACUGAUCAAGGGGGAAAACAAGCUUUGAAGUUGGAGUUUAUGCGCAGAACGCGCGGAGAUAGUCCUAAUUUAUAUUCACUCUGUUACACGAAAGAUGGAGGGGCGCAGCUGACAGUUAGGCACAGUAGCCUCGGAGAGGAGAAACACACCGGAGGAACCGAACUGCCGGAGGAGGGAAAUAUGUAUGGGCGUUACACACGGGAGCUCGGUGUGUACGCCAAGGAGGAGGCGGCUCGCCUGCGUGAUGGCGGGGGGCUGCGGAGAUCCACCAGCGUUCGCAACAGGUCGGCAGAGCUGCUGGAGUAUGAGAAAGACCCCUGCGCCAAGUGUCAUGUGUGUAAGUCUCGCUGUCAGAAGUUCCUGAUCUCUCGUGUGGGUGAGGACUGGAUCUUUCUCAUCCUCCUGGGUCUGGUCAUGGCCCUGGUCAGCUGGGUGAUGGACUACGCUAUAGCCUUCUGUCAACAAGCUCAGAAGUGGAUGUACGGGGGACUGGACAGUAACAUGCUCCUGCAGUACCUGGCCUGGGUCACCUACCCUGUGGUGCUCAUCACUUUCUCAGCAGGGUUCACACAGAUACUUGCCCCGCAGGCUGUGGGUUCGGGUAUCCCAGAGAUGAAGACCAUUCUUAGAGGCGUGGUACUGAAGGAGUAUCUCACCUUUAAAACCUUUGUGGCCAAGGUUAUCGGGCUGACCUGUGCUCUGGGCAGUGGCAUGCCCCUGGGAAAGGAGGGCCCGUUUGUUCAUGUGGCCAGUCUGUGUGCAGCUCUCCUGAGUAAAUUCAUGGCUGCCUUGUUUGGUGGGAUUUACAUGGAAGAGCCCUUUGAGGGAAACAAGAAUGAGUUGAGGAACACAGAGAUGCUAUCAGCAGCGUGUGCAGUAGGGGUGGGAUGCUGCUUCGCUGCCCCUAUUGGAGGUGUGCUCUUCAGCAUUGAGGUAACGUCAACAUUCUUUGCGGUGAGGAACUACUGGAGGGGCUUUUUUGCUGCCACCUUCAGCGCCUUCAUCUUCAGAGUACUGGCUGUGUGGAACCAGGACGAAGAGACCAUCACGGCUCUCUUUAAGACACGUUUCCGUCUGGACUUCCCCUUUGACCUCCAGGAGUUGCCAGCCUUCGCCAUCCUGGGGAUUGCGUGUGGGUUUGGUGGGGCCCUGUUUGUCUUCCUGAACAGACUGAUAGUAGAGUGUAUGAGGAAACAGAAGACAAUCAACAAGUUCCUGCUUAGGAAACGUCUGGUGUUUCCUGCCAUGGUCACCUUGAUCAUCUCAACCCUCACCUUCCCCCCUGGGUUUGGACAGUUCAUGGCUGGACAGCUGACGCAGCAUGAGUCCCUGGUGGCGUUGUUGGACAACCGCACAUGGUGUCGCCAGGGUGUUGCCGAGGAGUUUGACUACAUCAGCCACUCCCACGCCUGGAAACACCCCCAGGUCAAUGUCUUCAUCACUCUCAUCUUCUUCAUCGUGAUGAAGUUCUGGAUGUCUGCAGUAGCUACCACCAUGCCUGUACCAUGUGGGGCCUUCAUGCCAGUUUUCCUCAUUGGUGCAGCAUUUGGGCGUCUCGUAGGAGAGACCAUGGCAGUCAUGUUCCCUGAUGGCAUCCAUGCCGAUGGCAGUGUCUAUCCCAUAGUGCCUGGCGGCUAUGCUGUAGUGGGUGCGGCGGCGUUGUCGGGGGCGGUGACUCACACGGUGUCGACGGCGGUCAUCGUGUUUGAGCUGACGGGUCAGAUCAGCCACAUCCUGCCGGUGAUGAUAGCGGUGAUCCUGGCCAACGCCGUAGCCCAGUCCCUCCAGCCCUCGCUAUAUGACUCUAUCAUCAGGAUCAAGAAACUACCCUACCUCCCUGAGCUGGGUAUGGGGCACCACGAGAAGUAUAACGUCCGUGUGGAGGACAUCAUGGUUAGAGACGUGCGUUACAUCACUCUCUCCUCCUCUUAUCGUGACAUACAGGAGGUCCUGCUGACUGGACAGCUCAAAACACUGGCCCUGGUCGAGUCCACGGACUCUAUGAUCCUGUUGGGUUCUAUAGAGCGCUCCCAGCUCCAGUCACUCCUGUCCCUCCAGCUGGGUCCAUUGCGCAGGCUAGACCACCUCCAGAGGCACGCCCAGGACAAUGGCACACACACACACACACUGGACAUACACACACACCUGGCCAGCCUGGGCACCAUGGACAAUCCCCUAAGCCCACCCUGCACACACACACACACCAAUGCCUCCAAUACCAGCGCACACCAUGGGGUCCGCUUUCUGAUCUCAACAGAAGAGUCCUCCUUCAGCCAAGCUGGGUCCAACUCUCAGCUGCCACUCAAGUCUGCUAUGAAAACUGUCCCUACUACUCACAACACAGAGGCACCCAACAGCAUGCACACUCUUUCAAUUAAUAGAGACACGCCGACUCUGUCUCCUCUCUCAGGCUCUCAGCAGACACUCUCCUGUGGUGACCCUGAGAGAGUGCUACUCGAGAGCCUGGCAGAGCCGGAGGCUCCUGAAAGCAGGGGGCCCAAACGCGUCAGGAUCUCCAUGGCGACGGAGUCUCCUGAAGUAGAGGAUGACAUGACCACAAACGAAAUAGCGGAGUGGGAGGAGCAACAGUUGGACGAGCCAGUGGAUUUCAACAACUGCAAGAUUGACCCUGCCCCUUUUCAGCUGGUGGAGCGGACGUCUCUGCACAAGACUCACACCAUAUUCUCUCUGCUGGGGCUGGACCAUGCCUAUGUGACCAGUAUUGGACGACUGGUGGGAGUGGUCUCCCUCAGGGAGCUUCGCAAGGCCAUAGAAGGCUCAGUGACUGUGACAGGGGUGAAAGUUCGCCCCCCACUGGCCAGUUUCCGUGACAGCGGCAACAACACCACCAGUGUUUCGGAGGUGACAGAGCUACACAAGCUUUGGAACCGCCACAGAGGCCUCUCGUUACCACAGGAACCCACCCCGCCUGACAUGGAGGACCAAUUGGACGAUAUGUAUGAGGAGAGUCCUGUCCACUUCACACAGGACCAAUCAGAUUUGGAGUUUGAAACCAGCCCCGCUGACAAUACGGACCCGCCAUCGGAAUUGGUUAUUCAGGAAUGCCUCUCACUAACAGAGGACCAAACAGAAGAGUUUAUCUUAGAGUGCAGCCCUUCCCACACUGACGAAUCAGAGCUGGCCUGUGAUUUUGACCCCCCCCACCUCCCUGAGAUUUGCCAAUCGGAGACGGCGAAGGAACAUGGAACCCUGCCCGAGAACAUACAGCAAAUGGACCAAUCAGAACUGCAGUGUGAGCGAAGUCCCACCCGCACUGAGGACCAAUCAGAAUGACAGAAGGGGUGACGGAAAAUUAGGAGAUGAUUCAUGGUUCGUUGAGGUUUCUAUAACCUUACAGGUCAUUUUCACCUCAAUCUUCAAGCUGGUGUGUGUGCGUGUGCGUGUGUGUGUGUUGGUGUGAAUGAGCUUGUAUUCCUGUGUGAGUGAUAGAAUAAGUGAAUGAAUGUGACAACAUGAUUCUUUAAGAGAGUGUUUUGGGGUGUAUGUGUAUGCGUGAAUGUGUGAAUUGGUGGAACCUUGCCCAUGCACCCAUCUGGUGCUGACACUUCUACUUUCACCCAAAUGAGUGAGUGAGUGAGUGAAUGAAUGAAUGAAUGAAUGAAUGAGUGAGUGAGAGUGAGAUUAAGUGAGACUGAGUGAGAGUAAGUGAGUGUGUGUGUGAGAGAGAGAGAGCAGAUCAGAAGGAACAACAUGACAAGAUAGAGGGAUAAAGCAAAGGAGAGAGAGGAAAGAGAAAGGAGGGUCCCACUUUAGAUUCAGUGGCCUAUAAAAUCUAUGUGCUGUAUUUACAUGGUAGCUACAUUCAUAUCUGAGGUGGGGACUUUAAAGUGGGACGGAAAAGGGAUAUUUUUGAUGAAAUUAUAAGUAACUACCCAAAGGCAGCUGAGAAAAGACCAACGCAUUGACAUCGCUCAGUCAUAAAAUGGCACCCCACAGGGUUAAGAACAUUUGUGAAGCACAUUGUAAUUAACAUGCAUUUAACUCAAAGUACAAGUAGCCUUGUCUGGCAUUAAGGUAGUAGGGCGGAUGUUAGAGAGAGAGUUUCUUGUAACAGGGUGUUUUGGUCACAGUACAUUUUGUAUCAUUACAUUUCUUGCGAUUGGUAACGAUUAUUCACACAUCUACUGUACUGAGUGUUAAACAUGUCUCUGGAAUGAUUUUAGUGUUAAUGACAACAGUGAAACUCAGAAUACAUAGAAGUUAAGCACGCACACACAUACACACUGACACAUAGUAAUACAUAUUUGUUAACCAACAUACACAAUAUUAUCCCUAAGACAUAGCACACACACACACUGAACAUUAUUUAUACAGUCUUCCUGGCCUCAAAACCAUUUUAGAAAUAAGUACUACCAACUUAGAAGCACAGUCAUAACUCUCCCAAGUCCACAGACAAGCAAUAAAAGCCUCGAUAGAAAAUUAAACAACUGUCUGUUGUAGAGAAAGUGUGUGUGACUGUUCUCCACUGUCUCAUUAUAAAAUGGGUUCAUUCAAGACGGAUGUUAAAUCAUUAAUCACUUCAAUAACGCCAUUGACAGUUUUGAGCCAUAAUAUAUUUCAAUUCUAUGUAAAACCAUUGCAUCACAACUUUGGUUCAUUUCCGUCUUUUAAAAAAAUCUGUUGUGCAAUAAGUUGUCUUACUUUUGUAUGCAGAUAGAAUGUGAAGUAGUGCUCGCCAUAUAAAAUAUAAUGUAAAAGAGUUUAAUGUAUAAGCUAAUUAACAGCGCAUCUAGUUAAGCAAUAAGUCUGCCGUUUCUCCCUUUAUAUUGCCCUGGCCUGUAUAUGCGUUGGACAUAGGAAAUCUAAGCACACCCUGUUGUGUAUAGGGUUAGGGCAUAGGAGAAUAUGCAUUUGAGAUGAACGGCCAUUGUUAUUUUUCAGAGAACAUGACCAUUUGUUUUUUGUACAUCAGUAAUGGAUUAAAUUUCAACAAAAACUUUGA